AUCAGGAGACCGAAGAGUCUACUACUGCGGCCACCGCUGCUGCCUGAAUGUAGUUCUAUCAAAAUUCUAUACUUGAAUUGAAGAGUUGUUCAAUAUAAUGGAAAGUAAAACAAGGUUGGCACCUGGCAAAAAUUAGAACAAGUUCUACUUUCGUGAAGAAAUCCACGAAGAACUGCACGGAUUUAUUAAAAUUAAUUAUAAUUAAAAAACGUAUUUAUCUGGAAUUUCAAAAUUUAUCAAGAAUGCUUAUACGCCAAAAAUUAUUUCUUAAGUUCAACUAUCAACAAAAAGUGUGCAGACAUAAAGAACUACAGUGCUGUCAUUUUCUGAAUGCAGUCAUUAGGUUUCAUUGAAGCAUAGAUCUUCAAGAAUGCGUGUUCUAAAUAUUUAUCCUUGGACUUGAAGACGCGUCAAAAUAAUAAUAAGAGGUAUUUUAUUAAGUGAACUAUAAAAUGGUAACAUAAUCCAGCAAGGAUUACCAACUGUUAAUAUAUUUUACGACCAGUCUCAUUAGCCUAUUUCAAUAUUUGAAAAAUGCUAAAUAGUUUCAAUGCUAAAGGCCAUAAUAUGAGCAUAAUAGUAACUGAUAUCCAAUAAAAAUUAUGUAUCAUUACAGAAAGAAAAAAGCGCGCAUUUUACGGUUACGCCAUUUUUUCGUAAUUCCGAUAAUUUGUUUACAUUCUAUUAAUCAAUGAGAAAACCACCAGUCAUAUAACUAGAAUGCACUACUUUUUAAAUGGAUUAAAAGACAUUGAACUGGCGACGUGUGACGUGAAAAAAAUAUAUGGGUUAUGGAUAAAAAAGGUGUACCUGGCGACGUAGUCGUAUUGUUUCAAGCGCAAAUCAAUAAGGAUGAUGAAUACACACAUUAUACGAUAUUACAUAUCAGGGGACUGAUAAGGUUGGGUAACAGAUAUGUGUUAACAUUAAAAAAUGUCUGUGCUACCUCAACAACGACUUAUAAACAUAGUCUGACAACUGAGAUAUCUCUAUUUAUUCAAUAUUUUCUACUAUGGCAAGCAUAAACAAUAUACUGGCGUAUAUCGGGUGUCCCACAUACAUCUGCAGCGAGUUAUUACUCAAAAAGUUGACGUAAGACAGUCAUGAAACAUUUUGGGUUCAUAGUACCAUGGGUGCAACUCGGCUAAAAUAUAUUCAAAGUGGUGGCUCUGCCAGUUGAAUCAAAAGUAGAUAUCAUGCUUAUUUUAAAUAGAACACCCUGUGUAUGAUAAAGUUUCAGUUGCAUUCUACGUGAAAUUCUAAACACAUUCCAUUUUUGACAUAUCUCGAAUUUUGGGAAAAAAUGAAAAAUGCUGGCCAAUGAAUUAUAACAAUUUUCCCCGUAUUUUUGCCUUUGCCAUAUGAUUUGUGCAGAACAAAUAGUACAGGGUGGACAAAAAAAGAGAUUUUAGAAAACUCUAAAGAGUCAAUUUUCCAACUGGAUACUCCCUUUUCCAUGACUUCGUAUUAAGCAUUGAAAAUAAGGUUAAUUUUGUAUAAGGUUAUCUACUAGGCAAAUUGACAGUUUUCGAGAUAUAUGGUUUGGUUUAUAUAGAGUAAUACAUAUAUCGCUGACAUGGUAAUGUGUACGAGAGAGAAGCGUGCAAUACAUAUGUUAGAAAGAGACAGAAGUACCAUGUUCCCUAGCAACCGAGUAACGAGGCCACGGACGCAGCUGCGACUUGUCUCGAGGCCAUCGGUGCACUUUUUCUAACAUACGUAUUGCACCCUACUCGCGCUCCUCUCUCUCUGUAUAUUGCUUAAAUGCUUUUACCAUAACAUAAUCUCAAUUGGCCAUGGCGGAAAUCUGGUGAACUACUAAAGAUAUAAAGUUAUCGCCACGUCAUGGUCAACUGAGAUUAUCUUAUGGUAAAAGACGUAUGGAGCAUUUUCGCAAGUUAAAAAACAAGAUUUACAAUUAUCUCAGAAACUGCUAUUUUGCGAAGGAGGCAACAUUAUACAGAAUUAAUUUUCAAUGCUUAAUACGAUGGAAUAUAAAAUAUAUGGUUUUCAUUUGAACUUGGGUUUUCUACAAUCUAAUUGUCCUUCUCUUUUUUUGAUCACCCUGUACUAUUUUGUUAUCCAAAUUAGGAAUAAACUCUACUAAAGCAGGUGUCAUACUAUAAGAAGCCGUUACAAAUGAUCUGGCAAAGGUACCAGCAAAAAAUGUUAUAAUCUAUUGCCCUGCAUUUGUCAUUGUUACAUAAAUUGAAUGUAUUUAGAAUCCCGCGUAGAAUCCAAUAAUUGAAUAAUAUAUAGGGCGGUCUAAAAUAAGCAAAGUAUCUAGUUCUUUUUAAGGUUUUUGGUGAUUUAAUCACAAUGCCAUUCGAAAUAAGUGAACAGAUUGACUGAUGGUACCAUAUGUGUAGCUUGAAGUCGUCAAGGGAAACUGCACAUUGAGCAAGCUGUUACUCGCUCUGGCAUAUACACAUGAGAUUGGGUAAUAGAGGACUGUUGUAUUCAAUCGCUUUUCGAAAAUAAUUGUAAUAAAAACUGUCGACAUUCUAGUUGAAUCUUUAAAAAAGCACUAGUAUAUUUUAUAUCAAAGUCACAUGCCCAUGACGAGCAAUUUGUCAUACCGACACCGACCAGCAUAAAUGUCGAAGACUAAUACCUUGACCAGAAAAUGUUUAUGGCUGUAAAAAAAACUAAUAAACUUAUGUCUUUUACACAAACAAACGUCCGCACAUAGAGGCCGAUUGCAUAUGUGUGUAUGUAAGACAGAUUAAUAUAUGUACAACUAGUGGAGGGGAGGCAAAGCCUAGCAACUAAACCACAUUUAAACCGUUUUUCCGACCCCGUAGUGCCUACAAACACUGCACUACUCCAUGAGCCAUCUACUGGUAACUGAUAUAAUAAACCAACUCCAGCGAUGACAUGUUCCUAUCGUUAAUAUUGCACCCACGUGAGUGAUAGAAAUACACAACACAAAUCCAUGGCUCCAAAGCGAAUAUCCGAGGUGCAGAUGAUUCGAACUCGCGAGCUCAGUGUUGGUAGCUCGACGCGCUAACCACAUAGGGCUGACGAGACUCCCUGGACAUACGAAAAUGAUACCUCUAGUUCUGCUGUGCCCCGCUAAAAACCUACACUUCCGGUACAACCUUCUAAUGCGGACUUGUCAAGUCACUCUGAGAUCCUUACAAGCUACCGAGUUUUUGUCCAAAUAAUAAAGUGCGCAGUUUUGUAGAAAAAUAAAGGGCUAAAUUAUUCCCAAAUCCUAUCCCACAUUCCCCAUAAUCAUUUUACGUUUGCCUAAAUAGAAAAAAUGGAUUCUGUUGUACCCGAGUUCGAAGAGCUAAUGUUGUGCGGCUAUUGCAAACAGAAAUUCAACGAUACCGACCAAAGCCCGAAGCUGCUGACGUGCAAGCACUACUUCUGCUUGCAAUGCAUGCGCACUACCAUGAUCAAAGGACAGGACCUUUUUUGCAUACAUUGCUGGAAGCGCACCGAAAUAGGCGAUAUGGGUCCCGAAUCGCUGCCGACCUACACCCCGGUACUCUGCCUAACGAAGAACUUCUCGCAACUAACCAUAGGCACUAACGGGGGAGGCAAACCCCCUGACAAACCGCCCGGGGGGCAACCGGGAGGGGGCGGUAAUGCACCAACCGCCCCCUCCUCUAACCAGCCGCCCCCCGGCGGGGGCAAAGUGCCCAACGAGAACUGCCACACGCACGCGAUGCCAUUGGCGCUGUGGUGCCACUCGUGUUGCGCGCCGGUGUGUCGCGCAUGCGCAACGACUGCGGACCACGCGCACCAUCAGGUGAAGAGUCAGAACGACGCUAAGGAACAGCUGGUUAACGAACUACAGAUCGAUUUAGCAUCGAUGAACAAAAUGCUAGGCGAAAUCCAAAGACUGGCGAUGCAGCAGCGCGAAUUCCUGCUAAAGAUCUUAGAGGCGUGCGUCACGUUGAAGACGCACGUCGAAGCCGAUUUGACGAACAACGCGGCGCAUUUCGAACUGACCGAUACGCGAGACAUCUUGGCCAAGCUCAGGCUCAACCUGUCGAUGGCAGAGAAUCUACCUGAUGUCCAUCAGCUGUACUCCGGCGUUAAUAUGGAGAAACAGCGCCUGCAACUCCGCUACCAAGAAAUGUACCUGCAAUGCCAGCUGGACGACCUGAUCCGCAACUCGUCGGUCGUCUUCGACUUCCAGCUAUUGAAGCAGGCGCUGAGCAACAUCCAAAAUGGCGAGAUGGUCUUCCCGACCAAUUCGCGCGUGCUACCCGCGCAAGCGCAUCAGAACCCCAUCCUCUUCCUGGCCAACUACUGCAUGUCGCAGCUCUACUCCAGGCAUAUGCUCGCCAAGCAGAAUAUGAACGGCAGUCUUGACUACCAUAACCACAAUUCUGUAGCGCCACCUAUCGGAUAUAUGCCUCAUAGUCCACCGCAUCUAGUGAUCGCGACGCCAAAGAAUAUCUACCAGGACAACAAUCUGAUUAUGCCAACUGUCAUUCCGUCACCUCAAAUCCGCAACCCGACAAGCAUGUGCCCGCUGUAUUAUUUCAACAUCGACGUAAACGGUAUAGCACUGGGAAGGAUCGUUAUUGAAGUCAGGGCGGACGUGGCACCGAAGAUGGCGAAGAAUUUCGGUGUUUUGACCACCGGCGAAGCAGGAAUGGGUUACAAAGGUUGCCAGAUAUUCCAAUGUUGGGAAGGAGAAAGCGUGAUAACCGGCGAUUUUGAAUUGAACAACGGCCGCGGUGGGCGCUCCAUUUUCGAAGACUCCUACUUUCUGCCAGACGAUACGAAAUUGAUGGCUGUACGAGGCACAGUGGGCAUGCGCCGUACCCAAAAACGUCACGAUAACCUCGGUAUGGUGGGUUCCCAGUUCCGCAUCAUCCUGCAAGAAAUGCGGGGAUUCACGGGGAUAUUCGGACAUGUCGUCGAGGGUCUCGAGCUGGUUGAGAAGAUCAGCACGUAUGGGGACACAGCGGGGAAACCCACGAAGAAUAUAUUGAUAUCCAAAUGCGGGAAACUUUAAGGCUUCAGGUACGGGUUUUUGUUUUUAUGUAGUUUUAAUGGGUCGACUUUUUUAUCACUUGUAGUUGAAGCUCUUUGUUGUUAUGGUGAGCAAACACAGCAAAAUAUCGACACGGAGACAAAAUUCGGUAUUAUAGGAUAAUAGAGAAUUUCGAGACUAGCUGCCAAAAGAAUGGAGAAUUCCGGGAUUUUCAGGACUUAAGAUCAAAUUUAGUUUUGUUAUUGAAAUAGACUGCUAUGGAGUUGAUAUAAUUCCAUAUUAAUUUUUGACCUAUUCAGUUUAUGUAAAAACGGCAUUUCAUUUAUUAUAUAUAAUGUUUAUAAUAGGAAAUGAUCUUAGCUAUGCAUCAGCAAACUAGUAAGUAGAGGCCCCGCGAAAUAGGCGCGGACGAGAAUUUGAAUUUUGAACUUAAUUUAAAUUUAUUAGAGAAUUUAUGCUUAGGAAACUUUGAGUUUUUCCAAAAGUAGUUCUUGCCAACUAUUUAGUGAAUCCAGAUUAUAUCGCAUCUAGUUCAACCCAGACAGUAUAACUUUCACAUUCCGUUUUCUAUUGGAUGCAUGUUGGAUUAAGGUAGUAUUUCAAAUGAACGGGUACGGACGACGAGUUAGGUAAUUAAAAAAAAGUGAAAUAAUAAAGAGCUUCGCCUACAUUUUUAGCAUGUUUAGGACGUAGACAAUUUUUUUUAAUUAAUAUUCGAACUUGGCGUUAUUGUUAUUCUUUACAACCUUAGAUUGGUGAUAGGAUUUUAUUGAGGAUUAUACAAAACACUAGGUCUGAUGGUCAAUUUAAAUAUCUCAUCACGCUUAAUAGUGUCGUCAAUAGUGCUUCUGUCCAUUGUUGUACUUAUAUUAAGUACCAAAAUAGGUGUUGAUUGUUCCUAAUAAUUUUUUUUCUCGAACACUUUUGAUGUGAUGCUUGAAUUGACCUUAGAGAAAAGUUAUGUUAUUUUUCCACAAAAAAUGAAUAGAAAAUUGAAUUUUCUGACAAAAAAUUGGUGGUUAGUUAGCAUCACUAGUUUCUCGCAUCGGUGUUUAAAUCAAACGUAACUUUACAAAUCGAUGUUUUGUAUGUGUAGUUAUAAAUGUGUAUUCGAGCAUUGAAAAAACGAGAAAAAAGCUGUAAGAAAAACACACGUACUAGCUUAAAUAAAACUAUCGAAUUCCGAAAUAAUACUAUAUUUUCGUAUCCUAUCAAGUAUCGUGAAGAGAGCAAAAAAUAAUUAUAGAUAUUUUUUAUUGUUAUCGAUUUUUAGCUUGUCGUGAAAUAUCUAUGUAGCUUGUAAGUGUAUCUGUUAUGUUUGGGAGGGAUCUCGAGUGAAAAUGGUGUUAAAGGUUAGAAGAGUUUAAAAUCGGAUUCUAUUUAGAAAAGUCAGUAAUCGCGAUGAAAAGAAUUGAAUCGAACAUUUUAUAUUAUUUUCUUACUAAUCGGCUACAAUGCUUCCUUUUGCGUUUAGUUCCAAGUACCUCAACUUUAUACCUGUGCAAAAUGCACAAACAUCUAUGUGCUAAAAGUGCAUGUACUUUACAUACGAAUUUCUACACCUAAGCGAUAUUUACGAGUAGAAAUGAAACAACCAAAGUAUAAUUGUUUAUCAUAUUACAAACAUGUAAAGAAUUUUCGGAAAUUAUAUUUGUAAGUUUUGUCAAAUGGUUACUUUUUUGUUCAAUAUAUGAUAAAGUUUAUAUUAGAUAAGUACGUUUCGUAUUGUCGGGAAUAUUGAGAAACAUAACGAAUAAAAUGGCAACUGAAAUGUUAUUUUAGAAAAAAUAAAAAUUAUUUUUUAUUUUACAAUUUUUUAUUCAGUUUUACUAACAGUCCACAUUACUAACUUUUCAACAUGCUCAGAUCUGAGUGCCAAUCAAAUUAUAUUUUUGAGAAUGAAACGGAAAUGAAAAAUAUACUUUAUUUUUGGUAUGCUGACAAUGAAUUCAGAAGUUGGGAAGAAUACUUACUAAGCAUAUCAUUUAAUUACAAUUUAAAGUUUAUUUGUGCCUUACGGACUUUUAUAGACGUUAAUUUCCUAAAGCUUAAUAUACUUUUGUUAAAUGUAGUUUCAUCUAAAUCAAAAUAUAAAAGACCUUUCGGCUACCUAAUAGUUAAUCGAAGAAUCGCAAUGCUCUUACGUAAAAUCAAAUAAGACUCAUUCGCAGUUGAAUAUUAACCUGGCAAAACAUAAGACUGGAUAUUUUUAGUGCUAAUAGUCGAUUGGUCUGCUUUUCUAUUUUUUUCAAAUUUCCAAAGUACAAAAGUAGUGUAGACAUCGAAGUUCAACUUAUAGUCUAGUUCAAAGUCCGUGCAGCCUAAAAUGCAAAGUCCUAUAACGCGUAUAUUUUAUUAAAUCUUAGAAACGGCGAGGAAGAAAUUAUAUACUGUAUAAAAGGAUCACAUUUUCCAUAUAUCCAUAAAAACAUAUUUUUUUAUUGCGUGCGACAAUAAAAACAAGCUAUUGUAUCAUCAGAGAUUUUUUCUGUCGUGUAGGUUGUUAAUUUUUUUUAUCUUUGACAACUUGGGUCCAAAUGAUUUUUUCGUUUUUUUCUAAUCAAAAAAUAUUCAGGGAAGGAUUAGGUAAUAUAUCUGUGAAUAGGGGUCAUACAUGCCACUUUCUCCAGCAGUAAAAUGUCUUUAUUUAGUACGCUUCAAAUAGUACACUAGAUCUCAAAUGUGACAUAAUACUAAUAAUUUAUUUCAUUGUGAAUAGAACAGAAAAUUCUCUCUCUGACAUGUUCAACCCGUUGUACACUAAUUGUAGAAAAUAAAUAUUAUUGAAAUCUGGAUGUUAGUUGAAGCACAUAUCUUUUUCUGUACAUCUAAUGUUUAUGCUCGAAAUUAAACAGACUGGAAUGGCAAAUAUUUUUUAGACUCCUUAAGCUGCUGGAGAAUUUGACGAAUUUAUAGACCUCUAUAUAUCUCAAGAAGCUUCGUGGUAAUGUAACAUUGAAAGAGAUUAGGCUUAUAUACAUAUUUUGGGAACUUUGUGUAGUCAGUUUAAAGUAUCGUCCAUGGAUAAAUAACCUCUUGCUCUAUCGAUAUAUUUAUAUGUGUGCAAAAUAAAGUCGUAUUAGAAUAGAAUUGUAUCGUUGUAAAAACAAACAAAAAAAUAUAUGUAGCUUUAGCUAUGUAAGCGAUAAAUGUUGAAUACUUUAGAGAUCACAAAUAUAAUGGAGAUCUGGGCUAGUAUGUAAUAUUGUAUAGUAAUUUCAAACUUUCUCCUCCAUAGUAUCUUUGAUCUCGAUUUUAUGUGUAAACGGUCAUGACCAAAGACAUGUGUAAUGAUCUCUCAUCUAUUCGUACAAUAUGUAAUGAAAACGAACUAAAAAUCGCGAUGGCUUAACUUGUAAAUGUUACUUUGAAUCAAUCAGAAACGAAGCUUAAAAGAUUAAAAAGCGGAACAUUUCCAUAAUGUAAUUGUAACUAUAUAACCGAGUACAUACCAAAAAUGUUGCAGAAUUCCAUAAUAAUUUGACUCCAAACAUUAUAUUCUGAGUGUUUCUCUACGAUGAGAAAUUGGAAGACUUGCUGUCUAAUCGUAAUUUUUCGCGCCAAAUCUGUGACCUAAUAAGUUAUUCCGCGUCCCAUCAUUUGAAUUUUAGCUUUCCGUCAGACGUAAAAAAAACCACUGUGUCCUGACGUUGACAGUUUGACGUGGAAUGGUCAAGGUAAAAAAAUGGAUGUAAUCCAUUUCAGAUAUUAAAAAUGCAAUUUCAUUAUGAUUGAUGGUAGUUUUUUCUAGUGUCGAUUGAAGAAUGUAUGAAAAAAAUUGGUCAUGACUGUAAAUUGUAUUCCCUUCCUCCAAUUGCGAAACUCAAUGUAGCAGCCAGUGUUUGUGCCUUGUUACCCGACUAAUAUUUGUGAUAACUGAGUACCUACCACCUCACGUUAGAUUUCAAAUAAACGACUUUCCGCAUCUG